AAGAAUGCCCAGUCUAUGCCAGGCUUAUGCGGUAACUGUCAGCUUAUUCCAACUUGGUAGGUUCAUUAUUAUCUUUUUUUUUUAGCGCUGUCUGCUGACUGUUGCACCCUGAUCUGCAGCGCAGCAAAUGAACGCCGUUUAUUACAGUCGCUCGGUGUGACUGGCCGCGCCGAGAUCGGUGAUAGGUGCAGCGCGAUCUAGGAUGCGCUCGUGUUCUCCCGCAAAACUAUAAAGGCUAAUGCACCGGCGUGAAAUUUCCCCUCUCGCUGGUCUUUUGUUACUCUUCCCCUUGUCUUGCGCGUUGACUCAUUCCGAGUCGUCCUUGUUGCUGCUGUUUCAGCUUUGGGUGGUUGCCGUUGCUGUUGCUACCUAUAGAUACGACAUUCGGCUGCUGUAUGCAACAUCUACACCGAGAAACGAUCGUCAUUAGUGUCUCCCGGCGCCAUGGGGCAGAUAGGUUCGUGCGGUUCUUCUCUUGCAUCUAUCCCACACUGCUUUCCCCGUAACCAAUUCAAAAGAGAUCUUGACUGACGACACAUUAUGCUCCAGCAGAUGAACAAGAGAAACCCGAGAGCCAUCUCGAUGCUGAAGUCGUCGAUGAGCACGUCCUCAGAACAACCACGGAGCGCAAGCUCAUGGCCAAGAUUGACCUACAUAUCCUGCCCAUCCUGUCGGUGUUGUAUCUUCUUGCGUUUCUAGACCGAGUUAAUAUAAGCAACGCCAACAUCUUCGGUCUUUCGAAAGAUUUGGAUAUCGUCAAUGGGACCAAGUAUAAUACCGCUCUGACAAUCUUCUUCGUCCCAUAUAUCGUCUUCGAGAUCCCAUCGAACAUACUGAUGAAGAAAUUACGGCCUCACGUCUGGUUGUCAUUCUGCAUGUUCUGUUUCGGCCUCGUAAUGAUGUGUCAGGGCUGGGUUCAGAAUUGGGGCGGAUUGAUGACAACGCGAUUCUUUUUGGGCAUAUUCGAGACGGGCAUGUUUCCAGGAUGCUUUUACCUUAUGGGCAUGUGGUACAAGCGUACUGAGGCGCAGAAGCGGUUCAGUUUCUUCUUCAGCUCCACCACUCUAGCCGGCGCCUUCGGUGGUUUGCUCGCAACUGGUCUUGGUAAAAUGCAAGGAUUACGAGGAUAUAAUGGAUGGCGAUGGAUAUUUAUUAUCGAAGGACUCAUCACCUGCGUCGUAGCUUCGCUGUCCUUUUUCAUCAUACCAGACUUCCCGGAAGAAGUCAAGUGGCUCAAUGAUGAGGAGCGCGAAUUCAUCAAAGCGAAACUGGCGCGGGAUGUCGGAAAGUCGGCGCAUAAUGCUAAAUUGGGUUUGCGUGAGUUCUUGGGUGUUUUCAAAGAUUAUAAAAUCUUCAUCGGCGGUUUGAUGUACUUUGGCUUGAUCGUUCCAGCCUAUAGCUAUGCCUACUUCGCUCCGACGAUCAUUCAAACUUACGGAUAUGGAAAUGUUAGAACGCAGCUACUCUCAAUUCCCCCAUGGGCAGCUGCCUUCGGUCUCUCAAACGCAAUCGCAUUUCUCUCAGAUCGAUUUCGACAUCGCUUCAUGUUCACCUUAAUACCCAUUUUCAUUGCAAUUGCUGGAUUCGGCAUCCUGUUUAACGUGCAUGGGAAGGCCCACCGACACGUCCAGUAUGGCGCGCUGUUUUUAGCCGCAAGCGGCUGCUACUCCUCCAUGGCCAUCAUAGUAUGCUGGUUUACCAUGAACCUGAGUGGGCACCAUCGGCGAAGCGUGGGAACGGCAUGGCAGAUUGGGUUCGGAAACAUUGGUGGUAUCAUUGCAACAUAUUCGUUUCUGAAAAAGGAUGCCCCCAAGUACCUUACCGGUUACAAGAUCUGUUUAUCGUUCAUCAGUCUGGCAGCCGCCUCCUGCAUGGCUUACUUCGUCGCCAUCUGGAUCGACAAUCAGAGGCGUGGCCGCCAGGCGGCAGUCUCAUCUGCUGAGGUCAUUGCAGAAGAAGACGAGGAGCUCAUGGGAGAUCUCGCUCCCAGUUAUCGGUAUCAAUACUGAUACUGCGCGGUUGUUAGUGUAUGAGGUCGUCUCAUUAUAUCGAAGACGGACUGUUAACUUAAGCAGCAAAAUGUUUUAAUACUGGCAAAUGCCGACGUACAAAAUAAAAUAUUUCGGCGACUAGCA